AUGGAGUCAUCCUCGGAAAGGUCCUCGAGCAAGCGAGCGCUAUUGAUCGCAAGCCCGAUACACGGUUUGAGGGGUCCUUUGAAUGAUGUAGAAACCAUUGCCCGUGUUCUCGAGAGACAAAGUUUUCAGAUAAUUCGAUGCUGUGGCCCCAACGCCACGCGUAACGGGAUCCUGACGGCAUGGCGCAACUUGAUCGACACAAGCACGACUGGCGAUGCGGUGACCAUCUACUACUCCGGCCAUGGUGGCCUUGUGAAGAGCUCCGAACCAGAUACGGAUAUCCAUCGGCCGCUACAAUUCAUCCUACCCUUUGACUACGAUAAGAGUACAGACGAUGACUUCCGGGGCAUCUUGGAGAUUGAGUUGUCGCAUCUGCUACUGGAGACCACCGAGAAAACCGACAAUGUCACAAUCAUCCUAGACUGCUGUCAUGCCGGGCGGAUGGCUCGUCAUCCCAGACAUGGCAGACGAGCAAAUCCCAAGAGGAUCGCCGACGUGCAGUAUCGCAACCUCCGGCAACAUCUAACACAGCUCCGGCAGAGUGGGCACCUUGCACGCGAAUUGGACCCCUUUGGGAACCCCAACGCUGUGCGUGUCAUGGCGGCGGCUGCCACCGAAACAGCCUGGGAGUGUGAAGGCCCCGAAGGCGAGUGGACCGGCGCGCUGACGAAUGCCUUAGCCUCUGCGAUUGACGAAGCCGGUCAACGACAGGUAUCUUGGAGAUCGACCCUGUUACGUGUGCAUGAGCUCGUACAUGUCCAGUUCCCGCAGCAGCACCCCGUCGCCGAAGGACCGGACACCCGCCUCCUGUUCGCGACUCAGAGGAUCGCGUCCAGCGCUGUGCUCUUGAAGAUGCAAGGCAAUGAUCCAGUGCUCCAGAGCGGUUACGUUUCAGGCGUUCAUAAAGGAGAUGUUUAUGUUCUCAUGCCCGCCGGCCACGAGGUUCCCGAUUCUCGAUUCAGAAUCGGAGAAGCGACUGUCAUUGCCCUGAAUGGUUUCAAAGCCAAGGUUACAGUGGAGCUUGAUUCCCCGGGCGACGCGACGCAUGCGGGACCCUCACGAAUGACUGAAGUAGCCGCCUCUAGCAAGCCGAACUCCUCCGAUUCUACACAUCCUGAGUUACCAGGAGCAAUACCUAGAUGGGUACUGAUGUGCUACCAGCAGCGUGGUGAGAACGGACACAAAUAUGCACAUGUGAGAGUCUGUAGGGGCGAUCGCGAUAGGCAAUUGUUUCAGAAGUUGAAGUCGGAAUACAGCAGCAGGCUCGACAUCCGUCGAUCCUUUCGACCCGUCAAACUUAUGCAUUUCACUCAGUUCAAGCCCGACUCAGGCGACUAUAUAGCGGCGAGGGAGGACAAUGUAUGGCCAGAGAACGGCAUUCCUGACUGGGACAUUCCAGAUUCAGAAUCACCGGCUGCUGCCAGGCUCAGAAAGAUUGCCACAGAUAGCAAGUACCUUGCCCAUCGCUUCAAUCUUUCCCACGAAAAUGACGGAUGCAUGAAAUGGAGAAAGCUCAAAUACGCGCUGAUCAGAGGCAUCGCAAGCGCCUUUCCGCGCGUACACGAUGCUGAAGCAGCACCCACUCACAUCGGCGAGACGAGUGUGAUUGAGACCAUACCGAAGAGAUUGAGGAAGGAGAUUCAAUAUUCUCCGACAGGAAAUCCACCCAGCUGGGGGCUUAUUGUCGAGGAAGACGUGGACACAUCUGUCUGGAAAAGAGCUGUCAAGGAGAAUCUUAUUCGACCGCGACCGAAUCGGCCGCUAGGCCUUAUGAGAUUGUACUUCUAG